CUUGCUUGACAAAGAUGUCGCAGAUUGCAAAAAGACGUGCCUGAAAUCCGGGGAAAGCACAGACCACAGCUUAACCGCCAGCUGCGACGUCGACUCGUCAGUGUCAACUCCUCACUUCUUCUUCACUUCCCUCUGCGCUUUUGAUUCUCCUUGUGUCCAUUCAGCAUGUCGACGAUAUCAUCUCCGCGUCCAUCUAUUGCCUCAUCUCGCGCACACUCGCCCACGCCGUCAUCCUCGCGCCGUCCGUCCGUCGAGAUCCCCAAUGCCAGCCUAGGCGGCUACCUCAGCACGAAUUCCACAUCCUCCACCGCUCGUGGAGUUUCUCCAUCCGCUCCUCAGCGCCGGAAUCGCGCCGCGCUCCGUGACUAUUAUAAUCUUAAACCUCCUGGACCAGAUGCCGCAGGCCCCGGGGGUUUUCGCUCGCGCAGCAUCCCCCGAACCACCGAUGCGGGCGACAUUUCAAACACCGCGUCGGUGACGCCGAACACGGAGCUCGAUAACCCGAAUUUCGAUGCGCAGAAAUACAUUGACCAGCUCCUUGCGACAUCGUCACUUUCGACGGUGCUCAAGGCAGAGAAUUCCCUCGUCGGGGACAUCAAGACGCUAGAUGGCGAGCGCAAGGCGCUCGUGUACGAUAAUUACUCUAAACUUAUUCGAGCUGUUGAGACCAUCGGGGCAAUGCGAAAGAGCAUGGAAGAGCGUGGAGCUCCGUUGACUAUGACGAAGACGCUUGGGCCGGCUGUGGCAUUUGUUGCGGAGACGGCCAGUGGGCUUAUCAGGGAGGGGGAGGAACAGAGAAGGAGGGUAGCGGCCGCUCGGGAGGAUGAUGGCAAGCGAGAUCAGCAGGAGACAGUAAAGUGGGUUUUGGGUACGCCGGAGAGAUUGAAGGCCUUUCUUGCAGAAGGGAGGAGGGAGGACGCGGAGAAGGAUUGGAGCGAGAUUGAGGCGCUGCUGAAGAAGUGGGAAGGAGUAAAGGGGGUUGCAGAAGUUAGAUCUGCCUGCGAGGAGAUCAUGAAAGAGCAGCCACAGCAGAAGCAAGAAGAAGAGAAAGAAGGGGAGAAAGAGAAGGAGAGCAAGGAUUGAAUAGGCGGACUCCUAGAGGUUUUUAUAACCAGUUCACCAACCAUCCGACUUGACACGAUCGAUGCUCGUGCGGCGCAAGAGUCGACCACAGUACCUUCCAUUACUAGAGGACUUGGUAUGGCUACUGAGUCCUACCCCAAGGAGGCUCACUACACGACAGACCAAAAUUCGUCCUAUGAACAGACGGCAGGCUUCGCACGUCGCUG